AUGGUGCUCAACACCGACGAGUUGAGCCGGAUUUUGUUCGGAUACGUGGUCCCGAUUGUUGUCGUGUUUGGCAUCAGUGGUAAUUUGCUGAACUUGACGGUGCUGUUGGCGAAGAAGCUGCGGACUAGAUCAAACACCCUACUGGCCUAUCUGGCUAUGAUCGACAUCAUUUUUCUGCUCUCAUUCUUACCCGACGCCAUGGCCAAUCAUCAGACAUUUGAGAUGGAUUUCUUCUUUCGAAAAUUCUACCACUACAGCACCACGUAUCGAUUGCACGCCCAGAAUUGGUUCUCGGCGGCGGCCAUUUGGCUAAUCCUCAUAAUCUGCGCCGACCGUCUGAUCGGCAUCCGGAAUCCCUUAUCCUCUCGAAUCCACUCGAAAUUCAUGGCUCCUCGGUUCAUCGCAGCGGCUACGAUAAUUUUCACGGGCAUUCUGACGUCGCAUUAUCACUUGAACUUUGUAUGCAAAUCGCGGACAUUUUGCAACGGGACUCAGUUUCACGGGAUCUGUCGACCGCUGGAUUCAAAGUCCUGGUUCUCGGGUGAACGGCCGCCAGAAGCUUGGCAACUUUUCGCAAAGUACAGCUUGGAAGUUCAGGCACUGGUUAUCGUAUUUCUACCGGUUCUGCUAGUAGUUUUAUCGAACGGGUUACUACUAUGGACAUUGAGACAACGUACACAGUUCCUAAAAAUGGGCGCUGUUUCGGCGGAGAUGACGUCAAAUCAAAUGAAGAAGGAGCAGCGGGUCACAUUUACCGUUUGUGCCAUCGUCACCUGUUUUAGCAUAACACAGGCGCCCUCCGCCUUCGUCCCAGUAUGGAUAGCCGUCAGCGGGCAGACGCAGGCGGAUUUCAGUACAGCGACGAUAAUCACCUCAACAAUGGUGAUACUCGGGAAAGCACUCAACUUUAUCCUAUUCUGCCUUUCAUCAGCCAACUUCCGACAGCGUCUGCUAUUCAGGACCAAGGAGUUGGCGACGAAUAGUGCUAUAAAAACGAAUCUCCAAGCAUCCACAAAAUGGCUGUCUGUUGAUUUCAAGUCGUUGUCAAGGCCUGGAUCGAGGCCCGUUUCGCGGCCUUCCUCUCGAUUAUCGCUAUGGCCAAUGGAUGCUGGUUAUGAGCCCGUUCACAACUUCAGCCACAGCCCGGUGCACGGCUGCGCCAGAGCCGCUAUGUUCCGGCGAAGAUCCACAGCAGGCCAUGCUUACAUGCCAGGGAGGGUCCGAUCGGCUCCCCGACUGGACGCGCUCGACGAAAUUCUGCCGAUCGCCCGGGUGACGAGCUCGAAUAGGGUU